UCCUUCACCUGUCCACGAAGCAGGAUUUCCUCCUCCGCCCCCGGGCGAGCCGAGUCCCGCGGGCAAGAGCCAUGGACAGCGCCGCGGCCGCCCGAUCCCUGCUCAGCCUCUGCCUACUGCUUUGGAAAAGCGGGAUAACGUUUGGGCGGGAAACCUGGCUGACCACGCCAAUAACUCCGGAGAUUCAACGCCAGACAUUUUCCGAGGAUUAUAUUCACCUGAACGUUCAGGACAAAACGUUGCGCAAUAGCGUUGGCAUUUCGGUGUCCUAUUUCUGCUCAAAGCCCUGCGUCGUAACUUUGGAAGCGAAAGCCUCCUUGGAAUCCAGGAACAGCAUGUCGGUGUACAAGAAACGAUGGGAAGGUGGUCACGUCCGGACGAAUCGAACCGUCAGCUUGACGUUCCCCAAUAGUAUGGUCUUCAGAGACGAUUAUCUGAUCAAGCGAUCAUUAAAUGUAGACUAUGUGAUUCUCUAUGUCUGGAUUACUCACAAGGAGGCCAUGGUGCACCAUGCUCCACAAGCAGAAAGCUACUGGCAUGCCAUUGUACGGGAUUACAGUUUUUUGGAUCCGGUUCCACCUUUCGAGCGUCCCUACAAGGAACAUAACAGGUGCUUGACGUGGAACACGGAACAGGCAUGGAAACGCCAAGCCAACAGGAUACCUCGGUGUCCUCACGAAAAUGACCUGAUGGAGAUCAACUUUCCAUAUGCAUCUAGCGGAGAGGGGACAGGAAUUGUGAAGAAGUUUCAGAAGUUUAAAAACCGAGAGCUUGAAGCCAUCCGGAAACAUCACCUUAGUUAUCCAACCUUUACAAUCUCACUAUGGCUUUAUUUACUGCACUUCUGUGAGAGAGCGUUGUGUGGCAUCCUGUAUUUCAUCGAUUCAGGAGAAAUGUACGGCACCCCUGCUAUAUUUCUAACCAAUGAAGGUUAUCUUCACAUCCAAAUGCACCUUGUCAAAGGAGGGGACCUUGCAGCGAAGACUACGUUCCCCCUUCCUCUAAAGCGGUGGUUUCGACUUGAUCUCUCCAUUAAUGGACAAGAGAUUAACGUAACCAUUGUUGGGAAGAGUAUGAAUAUCUUUCAACAUCAACUUUUUAUUUUUCAGCAAGAUUUCUACUACAAUGACACUGAUGGGUACUUGGUUUUGGGGGGCAGUGGAUACGUGCCAGGAAUUAAAGGAUAUUUUGGAUCAGUGAAAUACUACCGUCUCAACAACUUAGAGACCAGAAGGUUUGUUCAUCCAUUCUCUAACAGAGACAUUUCGGAGAGAAUUGAGAUGUUCUAUCAGGAACGUGCUAAUAUUCAGAGUGGAGUAACUAAUCAUGGGUUCUCACUGCAAUAUUUUGAAGAAAAUCAACAGUGCCCCCUCAACAACUAUUACUUGGAACUGAGCAACAAAUACAGGAGCUCUCUGAAGUCUGUUGCUUCGGAUUGGGAGAAAGGACUGAGAGGAAAAAAUCACAGCAUGCUUGAAGAAAUGAAGGACACAACUCCACAGUUUCCAGAAGUAUCCAAACCCAAGAAGGAUCUAGCAUUCCAAAUUGGACGCAGGUUGUUCGAGGAGGCUGCUCGAAACCUGUCACGAAUGGAUGGCUUACUCUAUAUCAACUCCUCCAUUUUGGCCCUGAAGGAUGCCAGCCAUUGUGGAUAUUCCAGAGCUUCUUAUGUUCUUGGUGUCAUCUUCGAAAUUGGACUAGGUGUAUCUCCAGACCCACUUAAGGGAUUGCUCUAUAGCUUGGUUGCAGCUCAGGAAGGGGACCGGCUGGCUUUGAUGAAUCUUGGCUACAAGCACUACCAGGGGGUUAGUAAUUAUCCCCAGGAUCUUGAGGUCUCUUAUGCUUACUAUAGUGACGUGGCUCUAAAGACACCCCGUGAUCAACAAUCCAGAGGAAGAGAUCAGGCCUUGGUUGAAGCAAUCAGACUUCAGGAUGAUGAGUUACUAAAAGCCUUGGCCAAAGAAAAUGGGGAUAUUUUCAUGUGGUUGAAACAUGAAGCAGUAAGAGGAGAUUCGGCCGCACAGCAACGCCUGGGACAGAUGCUUUUCUGGGGCCAGCAAGGAGUAGAAAAAAAUAUAAGGAAAGCCGUGGAAUGGUAUGCAAAGGGUGCUUUGGAAAAUGAAGACCCAGUCUCUUUAUUUGACUAUUCCAUUGUGUUAUUCAAGGGCCAAGGGGUGAAAAGGAACCGACGUCUUGCUUUCCAGCUGAUGAAAAAGGCCUCUUCAAAGGGAUUCCCCCAGGCAGUCAACGGCCUUGGCUGGUAUUAUCACACCUUUAAAAGAGAUUAUGCCAAAGCAGCCAAAUAUUGGCUAAAAGCCGAAGCCAUGGGUAGUCCAGAGGCUACCUUCAACCUUGGGGUUUUGCAUUUAGAUGGACUGUAUCCAGGAACGACGGGUAGAAAUCGGACUGCUGCGGCUGGAUAUUUCUAUAAAGCCGCAGAAAAAGGUAAUAUGGAAGGGACUCUGCACUGCUCCCAGUUUUACAUUACAGGAAAUCUACCAAGCUUCCCCAGGGAUCCGGAAAAGGCAGUGCUCUGGGCAAAAUACGUGGCAGAAAAGAAUGGCUAUUUAGGCCAAGUCAUGCAAAAGGCACUCAAAGCAUACCUGGAAUUGUCUUGGAAUGAAGCUCUACUGUAUUAUAUCCUUUCUGCGGAGACAGGAAUAGAGGUAUCACAGACAAAUCUAGCACAUCUCUGCGAAGAGGAACCGGACUUGACAAAAAGAUACUUCGCCACCGACUGCGUUUGGAAGUAUUAUAAUUUCUCCAUUUCUCAAAGCAACGCUCCCUCGUUUGCUUACUUGAAAGUAGGGGAUUUUUACUACUAUGGUUAUCAGAACCAGAGCAGGAACCUGGAUAUGUCAGCCCGUAUGUAUGCACAAGCAGCAUUGAUGAAAGAUGCACAGGGAUUCUUUAAUUUGGCUCUUCUUCUGGAAGAAGGUUAUUCUCUCCCAAGUUAUAUUUUUGAUCGUUUAGAAAUUGGCAGCACUGUCCACUCCAGAAAUAUGUCCCUCCGUCAAGAGCUUUACGAAAGAUGCUGGAAUUACAGCAACCAAGAAUCUGUCAGCCCAUGCACAUUAGCCUUGCUUUAUCUACGGCUGAGGAUUUUGACCAGCAACAUUUUCCAUUCUGAUCUGAUCUACUAUUUGGGAGGCUUAUCUCCGUAUUUGUUGGUUGCUUUCAUCAUUUGGCGUUUCUGGUCUCUUUCAGCAGUCACUCAUCCAGAAAGUUCAGCGGUGGCUGAAGGAGGACCUCUUCCUAGAGGUGAAGACCCAAAUCAGAGGAGGUCAGCAGAACCAGAAGCAUCUCCUGACCCAAGUGGCUUUGAGGAGGAUUCAGUAAACUCCCAACAUUCCUGUCCAAGAAGCUGAAACGCGUGGAAGAAAAGUGGUCUUCAGAAGGACAAAAACACACACUUCCCUUUCCAAAGCAGUAGCAAAUGUUCCUUUUCUCCUUUGGAUUUAUUUUGAGAGCCUGGUGAGGAUGCACAGUCACGACCCUACGAGAAGUCAAUGGCCUUCAAAAUCAAGAGGAAGUCAAGGGAUGGGGAUGAGUAAGAAGAUCAUUUUUGGCCAAGCAUUUGGAACACUCUCUCAUUCACUUUAGAGUGCCUCCAAGUUGUUAUGAAGAAGGA